AUGUUAAGUACUGAGAAAUUAGACGACUCGUGGGACCAUUCAUGGUUCAAGCGCCCGGAACUCUUCGUGCCUCAGUGGGUGAUGGGAUACGCCAUAGAGUCGCAACGUCUAUCGCGCUGGUCUUGGAUUCAGCACGAACAGCUCAGGACAUGGAAGUAUACAGAAGACUCUAGCUUCCAAAUUGUGUCUAUCGACGUCGCAGACAUUGUGGUGAGGGAGGGUGAAGUCCAUGGCUUCCAGAUUGGCAUCUCGAUCCUUGAUACCGACCGUCUUGGAGAUGCAUUGGCGAAGCCCCCUAACCCUGAGGUCAACCUAGCCGCCAGCGUUUUGGAGUCUCAUCAUUGGGUCGUUGGGGAUAAAGAAUACUCUCCCGAAUUUGAGAAUUUGUUCCAGUUUGGGAGAAUGCGGUACGUUCCAAUCGAUAAAUUCGAGGAGCAAAUCACGGAUAUUGUCAAGAACAAUUACUUCUUCCUCAUUACCAACGGACCAGAUAAAAGUCUCUCGUUCUUGAGAAGCUUCGGGGUGCAUUUCGAAGCUAUCGGCACUAUCGACACUGAGCAGGCUGCGCAGGAAGUGCUCCGUGUCCCCUCUGAUGAAGUGGUAGGCAAAGGCGAGCUGAUUCAGAAAAUUGGAAUCCUAUGCCGAGAUCCUCAUUUGCCUGGAAACGCAGCACAUUUCACUCUUCGUAUCCUUCUCAUGCUUAUUCAUGGAGACAUUGAGCGACAUCUUCAUCGAUAUGGUGUCCCGAUGGAUCACUGGUCGCUGCUUUUGCGGAGGAUUGUGGGCUCACCACCCAAGAAGCGAAAGUUGAGACGUACGAGUACGUCUCCCCCAGAAGAUUCCCCAGAGCAAAGUAGCAACUCCUCGAUUACCGCUUCUUCUUCUCCGUUGUUGUCUCCGCCUUCCACACUAGUGGGCAGCGAGCUAGUCGAGAUUCAGGACUCCCUUGCUUUGCUGGAAGACGGCCUCGGGGAGCAAGAAAACACCGGACCUCGAUAUAGGGUGUUAAAAUAA